UCGUGUUUCAGUACUGUUGCCGCGAGUCUCACUCUCCGAAACCACGAUGAAGUUUCUCGAUGUUUUCGAGCGUAGGACGGUUUUCGGAUUUGACUGUGUGCAGCGUGUUCUGAGCCCCUGAGUUCUUGGGGGAAGAGGUCAUAGUAGGGAGGGGCAACUCUUGAGAAGACACAGCCUUCAAUUUUUGCAGGAGUGCUGCUCAAGAUCCCACUUCAGAUCUGCUGUGAUAUUCUCUGUUCCCAAGGCCAUCAUCUAUAGUAGUAGUUUGCAAGAAUCUUGUCUCUGACUGCUUCUGAAUUGCCUCUGUGUAAGUUGAGAGAGCAGGAUCUGUCAUCGGGUGCCUGGUGAUAUGAGGCUUUGUGUGGAGAGACAAGCACAUAUUGGCCUCAUGAGCAUAAUGGCCUCUGAAAGGGCUCCCACUGUGCUUGGAGGGAAGGGUCUCAGUAAAGAGACUUCAGAUUCUUUGGUAAAUGAUGGAGAUAAUCUUACAUCUGUGAAGUAUGGCUUGCCUGAGAGAGAAUCUCAUCAGAGUCCGCUCCAUGACCCAUUCAGUCCUUUGGAGAUGGACCAGGAAAACUCACCAGGCAAAAAUGACAGAACAUGGAAGUCUUUGGAUACUAGGUCUAAGAGUCUGGAUUGCUUGGAAGAGAGCUACAGUUCAAGAAACUGCCACUGCAGCUGUGUAAGGCACGGGACAGAAGGAUUGAACGUUUGCCAGCUGUGUGGGAUUUGUGAUCCAGUGGAAAGUGAAGAAGUCUGCCAGGAGAAUAGCUUCUCUGCUAGAUACUGGAGAACGAUGCUCCCGCGGAGGAAAGCAGAGAAGAAAACGGUGGGGUUUUCUUCUGACUCAACUUGCCUCACUGGAGAACGGCCAACAAAGAGUGGUGUGGAUGGUGUUCUGUGCCAGAUGGAGAUUGUUAUGGGCCAGAACAUGAAGGAGAGCCUGCAACCCUGUGGUUUGAAUUUGAGGAGAAGCAGCCUGCCAGUAUCCUCGCCACAAAGGCCCCAGUGCACCAGUGGCUGCAGUUCUGGCAUUGAUAUCCCGAUGCAAUGCAGGAUAGAUCUUAGGUGUGCCCUGUGCCUUAAAAAUGGCUUCUCUAGUCUGGAAAGGCUCAGCAGGAAAACCAAACCCAAGUGCUCUCUGGACAGGUGCCUUAAGAGGUCCGCACCCUUCAGGUUGUCUGCAAGUCAGGACUGUAGUGACAGUGAGGGCACCGUUUCUGACAGCGAGUUUGUACGUAACAAGAAGGAGCGUUCUGCUGUCCUAGUCAGAAGGUACCUCAAGAACAACCAGAAGAUCAAGAAGAUUGUAUGCACAGGUACUAGAGCCAUAGUGAGGACUCUACCUUCCGGUCACAUCUCUGAGAGACUCUGGGAGACUAUUUGUGGGAAAACAUGUCACCUACGUGAUAGGCGCAUACACGAGGCCAGAGGAUACAGCAGAGCGCUUCAGGCCAUUCAGCUGCAAGUUUCCAGGGCGCUUCUCACCUACCCAGGGGUCAGAUUUGCAGAGAUUGACCAUGUUAUUCCUGCUGUGAGUCCUGAGGCCUGUCUCCUGCACCCAUCCAGGAAGCUGCUAGCCCAAGCGGUGUCAUGGCCACCGGCCUCCCUGCAUCAGAUUAGAUUCAGGGCCUGUUCUCCCAGAACCAGCAUUGCAGCUCACCUGAGCGGGGCCCUGCUGGAGGCAACAGCUACUGUCGGGGCCCGAAGUUCUCUACCCAGCUUCGCUAUUGGCUCCACAGAUCGAGCUAUGCUGAAAGAACGGCAGCUGUGCAGCUCCAUGGCAAGCUCAACCAUCCUCCCGUCGACCGUGACGGGCAUCAGCAAGGAGCUGGCUGACCUGCGGCACCUGAUCCAGUUCCCGGAAGAAAUCGCCACAAUCCUGACGGAGCAGGAACAGCAGCUGUAUCGUCGUGUCUUCCCGCUUGAUUACCUCAGCUUCCUCACGCGAGACUUGGGCAGCCCCGAGUGCCACAAACGCCACCCGCACCUCAAAGCCUCGCUGUCGGCCCCCACCAUGCCCACCCAGAAUGAUCACCACAACACAGUAAAAGACCUCGUCACCAGGUUCAACGAGGUGAGCUCGUGGGUGACUUGGCUCAUUCUGACUGCUGGGUCCAUGGAGGAGAAAAGGGAAGUCUUCUCAUACCUUGUCCAUGUGGCAAAAUGCUGCUGGAACAUGGGCAACUACAAUGCGGUCAUGGAGUUCUUGGCAGGUCUCAGGUCUCGCAAAGUGCUAAAGAUGUGGCAGUUUAUGGACCAGGCAGAUAUUGAGACCAUGCGUGGUUUGAAGGAUGCCAUGGCCCAACACGAGUCAUCAACUGAGUACAAGAAAGUGGUCAACCGUGCGCUCAACAUCCCAGGAUGUAAAGUGGUGCCCUUCUGUGGCGUGUUCCUUAAGGAACUCAGUGAGGCUCUAGACGGUGCGGCCAGCAUUAUUGGACUACGUCCAUCUUUUGAUUCUCAAGAAGACUCUGUUGAGUUUGUCACAGACUACAACGGCCAGCAGCACUUCUUGCAGAGGGCGGGGAGCGAUGGACUCCACAGCGCAGACAAGGAGGCGACCGUCAGUAACAUUCUGCAGACGAUUCGCAGCUGCAAUCGAAGCCUAGAGGCCGAAGAGCCUGAGGAGAGGACGCGAGAAACCAACAUUUGCCUCAAGAACUCCUUCAAAGACAAGAGCAGAGACCAGUUUUUAGUAGGGGACCUUUCAGAUUCAGAAGGGGACCCACUUGAGCUAGCAAAAGACGUUGACCUCCAGACCACAGAAGAGGUGCAUGGACCCUUUAGUCAUGGUACAGAGCUCAUCCCCUGGUACGUGCUCUCACUGCAGCCAGAUAUCCACCAGUUCCUGCUUCAGGGAGCAACCAUAAUCCACUACGACCCCGAAACCCAUAUCACCGCCCGCUGCCUCCUCCGACUACAACCGGACAACUGUUUCCUUUCCUGGUCCAAGCCCCAUAGCACCUGCACCCUGGGCGGAAGAGCUAGGGGCUUCAUGGGACACCCACCAUCCCCAGACCACUUACCAUUGGGCCAUCCCGUGCACUGUGGACUAUCCGAUGGGCUCCUGGACCUUAAUGUGGUGAAGGCUGUAUUUAUGGGUCACCCUGGAGUGGACAUUAACUAUGUGUGUCUACAGCACAAACUGUGUAACAUGAACCUUAGUGAAAAUGGUGUCACACUACUUUAUGGACUUCACACUACAGACAAUAGACUGAUACACUUUGUGGCCCCAAAGCACACUGCCCGUAUGCUGCAUGAGGGGAUCCAGGAGCUGCUCAACUCUAUCAGGAAGAUCAGAAAGUUUCCUGACCAGAGGCUGCAGUGGCUGCGGAGGCAGUAUGUUAGCCUGUACCAGGAGGACGCUAAAUUUGAAGGCCCAACUCUGGCCCAGGCUAUCGAGCUGUUUGGCGGGAGACGCUGGAAUAUGGGCGCUAGCGGCCCUGGAUCUGCCAGCAAGAGCGCAGAGAAGAACUCAGCCCAGAAAAACAGCCCGCUGGGUAUCAACUCCAAUGCCAAAAAAAAGAAGAAAGCCUUAGUCAGAGGGGACAGUGGAGAAGGAACCGAUGAUGAGAUGAUCUCACGUAAAACCAGAAGCUGUAAGGAGACUAUAGGGAGGAGAGAGUCCGAUCCAUUAGAAAGUGUUGAGCACGAUGAGGCUGAGGACUACAGUCCAUUUGGCCUUCCUGGACCUUUUUCCUUAUCCAACAGCAAAAGCCAGUCUCCUGGAACCUUCUUGUCCUCCACUUCCUCCUCCUCAUCUUCCUCUGGCUUCUUUAACACAAACACCUCCACCCCAACACACCCCCAUUCCUCCCCUGUUCUCUCUGGCAGUGCCAAAAGUCAGCCAGGGGCCUGGAGCAGUCGGAGCUGGCACGGUCGGGGGAAAGGCUUCUUCAGGGGCUUCCAAGAUCUCAUGAUCUCUGACAGCAUCAUGAGCUUUGUCGAAUUUGUGGAGCUUUUUAAGUCUUUUAGCAUUCGGAGUCGAAAGGAUCUAAAGGAGUUGUUUGACACCUAUGCAGUGCCAUGCAGUCGCUCGGGUCCUGACUCUGUCCCUCUGUACACCACACUUAGGAUCGACGACAAACUUACAGCACUGCAACCGGAUCUAGAUCUACUAACUCGCAAUGGCUCUGACCUGGGCCUUUUCAUCCACACGCAUCAGCAAAUGUCUGACAACCAGAAGCAGAUUUCAGACGCCAUUGCUGCUGCUAGCAUCGUGACCAAUGGCACUGGAGUGGAGAACUCUUCACUGGGUGUGCUGGGACUGGCCAUCUCCCAGCUCAAUGACUUCCUGGUCAACUGUCAAGGAGAACAUCUGACCUAUGAUGAGAUCCUCAGCAUCAUACAGAAAUUUGAGCCCUCCUCAAACAUGCGCCAGAUGGGUUGGAUGUCCUUUGAAGGGUUUGCCAGGUUUCUAAUGGACAAGGACAACUUUGCUUCUAAAAACGAGGAGUCUCAAGUGAACCUGGAUGAUCUCCAACAUCCGCUGUCGUACUAUUACAUAGAGUCCUCUCAUAACACAUAUCUCACGGGCCAUCAGCUGAAGGGAGAGUCAUCAGUGGAGCUCUAUAGCCAGGUUUUGUUGCAGGGCUGUCGAAGUGUUGAGUUGGACUGCUGGGACGGAGACGAUGGCAUGCCCGUUAUUUACCACGGACACACUCUCACAACUAAGAUACCCUUCAAGGAUGUUGUGGAGGCCAUCAACCGCACAGCGUUUGUGAACUCAGAGAUGCCUGUGAUUCUGUCCAUUGAAAACCACUGCUCUUUACCACAGCAGCGCAAAAUGGCUGAGAUUUUUAAGACGGUGUUUGGAGAGAAGCUGGUGACCAAGUUCCUGUUUGAGAGUGAUUUUGCGGAUGAGCCUCUUCUCCCGUCUCCCCUGCAGCUCAGAAGGAAGAUCCUCCUUAAAAAUAAGAAGCUGAAAGCUCACCAGGCUCCAGUGGACAUACUCAAACAAAAGGCACAUCAGCUGGCACACAUGCAUGCCCAGGCCCACAAUGGUUCAGUCAGUGGUGCUUCACUUGGAAACAAUGAUGAUGAAGAAGAGGAGGAAGACGAGUACGACUAUGAUUACGAGUCACUGUCUGAUGACAAUAUUCUGGACGAAAAACCAGAGAGCAAGUCAUCCACAGAGAAACUUCAGUAUGAAUCCAACGAUGAGAUGCCGAAACGGUUUAAGAAAGCAGGAAGCAAAGGAAAGAUGUUUGAUAUGGAAUUAGGGGAGGAGUUUUAUCUGCCCCAAAAUGAGAAGGAGAGCAGACAGAUCGCUCAAGAGCUUUCUGACCUGGUCAUCUACUGUCAGGCUGUCAAAUUCCCAGGCCUCUCUACCCUCUCCCCAUCAGACUCUGGACGGGGAAAGGACAGAAAAAGCCGGAAAUCCAUCUUUGGCAGCGCUCCUGCUCGCGGAAGUCCCGGAGAGCCUGUGACAUUGGUCCGAGCUCCAGGGAAAGCCAGUGUGGACGGUGUUCGUACGAGCUGGGAGGACCAAACGUCUCCGGUGCUGAGCUCGAGUACCUCUCUGAGCGCCAUCAUCCGGACGCCCAAAUGCUACCACAUCUCCUCCGUCAACGAGAAUGCAGCAAAGCGUCUGUGUCGCCGCUACUCCCAAAAACUCAUCCAGCACACUAGCUGUCAGCUGCUCCGGACGUACCCGGCCGCCACACGAAUCGACUCCGCUAACCCCAACCCUCUCAUCUUCUGGCUGCAUGGCAUUCAGCUGGUCGCCCUCAACUAUCAGACUGACGACCUGCCCAUGCAGUUGAACACAGCUCUUUUUGAAGCUAAUGGACACUGUGGUUAUGUGCUGAAGCCUCCGGUUCUGUGGGAGCGCAGUUGCCCGCUCUAUCAGCAGUUCUACCCUCUGGACAGAGACCUGGACAACAUGAGCCCCACACUCUACACUAUUACUAUUGUAUCGGGGCAGAACGUGUGUCCGGGUAACUCAAAUGGCAGUCCCUGUGUGGAGGUGGAGGUGCUGGGCAUGCCGGCAGACAGCUGCCAUUUCCGGACCAAGCCCACUCACCGAAACACGCUCAAUCCCAUGUGGAACGAGCACUUCCUGUUCCAUGUGCACUUCGAAGAUAUGGCCUUUCUACGCAUCGCUGUCGUGGAGAACAACAGCUCGCAGGUCACUGCUCAGAGGAUACUGCCCCUCAAAACCCUCAAACCAGGCUACAGACAUCUGCAGUUGAAGAACCUGCACAAUGAGCCUCUGGAGGUCUCAAGUCUUUUCAUCUUCAGUCGCAGGAUGGAGGAAAAUCCUACCGGAGGACCACUAUCUGCAUCUGUGCUGUUCAGCACGGAGGAAAAACGAGCCUCACAGCAGCACAAAGUGACCAUGCAUGGAGUCCCGGGCCCUGAACCCUUCACUGUCAUGUGCGUUGAUGAAUACACCACAGCCAAACAGCUCCUGGACUCUUUGUUUCCGACCACUUCCUUCAACUACUUCCUGAUGGAAGAGAGAAUUCCUCUGUCCAAGGACAAGAGUGACUCAAAGAAAGCACCCCAGCAGCGCCCCCUAGCGAACGAUGAAAGGCUCUUGAGAGUUCUUCACAGCUGGCUGCCAGAGGAAGGAUAUGUGGGCAGAAUAUGCCUGAAAACCAAGGAAGAGAACUUCAAUGAAAAGAAUGUGCUGAUGGAAGGAGUGGAGGAGGUGAGCAGUGAAGAAGAGGACACGUUCCUCGUGCAGGUUCAUGAUGUUUCUCCUGAGCAACCUCACACCGUUAUUAAAGCUCCACGUUACAGCACGGCCCAAGACAUCAUACAACAGACUCUGAGCAAAGCCAAGUAUUCUCUGAGCAUCCUGAGCAACCCAAACCCAUGUGACUAUGUUCUGAUGGAGGAGGUAUCUAAAGACGCAGGAGGCAAGAAGUCUUCCUCAGCCAAACCGUGUCACCGUGUCCUGCAGGACCAGGAGUGUGUGUUUCAGGCUCAGAGCCGCUGGAGAGGCGCCGGCAAAUUCAUCCUAAAGCUCAAAGAGCAGAUUGCUCGCGAGGACAAGCGUAAGGGUGUGUCUUUUGCCAGUGAGCUGCGGAAGCUGACGGGUCGCAGUCGGAGCUUAAAUGUGAAUGUGAACGGUCCAGUGGUCCAAGAAUCAGCACAUAGUAAGGAAGAGAAGGCUGUAUGUCCCAGCAUGAUGCCUCUGCCCGAGGCCUCCGAGUGAUGGAAUGCUCUGCAGUUUGUGUGUGUGCAGUGCAUGGAGCUCCCAUGAGGGUCUGUGUCGAUGGGGUUGAAGGCUUGGAUGGCCGAGGGGCGCUUGGGUUCUCAGAGAUAUCAUGUGGGGAGCCCCGUCUCUCAGUGCGGCGAUCGAGCCCCAGCCCCCUCCACCUGGUCCCUCCCAUUGCUGUGGAACUGGAAGCUGCAUAAAUGAGGCCAGAGCAGUAUCUUUAGUGUUCACCACUCUCACAUGUGGCUCAGAAUUGUUGAGGAAGAUCUCCCAACAUGCUGGUGUACAGCUGCCUGACGGAGAGCGUAGAGCGGUUGGUGCUUGUCCCGUAGAGAACUUGACUCUCCAGAGGAAGUAUGCGUUUAGACAACUGCCUGGUUGCAAGUUGAACUAGCUAGAGUCUGUAUCAUUGCAGGAACAGGUUGAGAAGAGAGGUUAGUUUUUUCAUCAGCUUAUAGCUGGGUUAUAGAGCUCUUGUUUUAAUGGACGUUAGAUGAAGGGGGAUGGAAGGAGUUUGCAGUUUAUCCUCGUUUCUUCUUUUCUUCUUGUCCUACUUUAACAGUACUGUAAGUGAUCAAUGCAUUAAUAUGCAUUUCAUUUUCUUUAGUGGUUUGGCACAUUGUGAUUUUUAUGAAGUUAUUUUGAAAGCUUUUUUAUUUUGCCUCCCUAUUUUGGAUGGCUGAAAUGAAUCAAAUUAAGCAUGAAAAAUGUUCCCAACUCAUUAGUAUGCACUGUACUCACUAGUCCCAACAUUAUACAGUUUGUUCAAAGUGCUUUUGACUUUAAGCUCACAUCCCUUGAUAGAUUUCUGAAAUCUUGAUUGAGGAUUUCAAUUUGAGAAAGUAAAUGAGUCAUGGUUUAUUCUGAGUUUAGAGCAAACACGCAUAAUAUUUUCAGAAUGAUGCAGGUCCGAUAUGUGCUUUACAUUUUAGUUGCGCAUUUAACUUGUUUGACUUCAUGACACAUUUCCUGUAUCCGUCAACAGCCCUGAAUUGUACUGACCGACGGCAAAAAAUGCAAGCUGUUGAAUGGUACCUCAUAGCUUUCUGUAAUCUUCCAUAAAUUUGCAGUAUUUGAAGAAACAUCUUUUGUUCUCUUGACCAUUUUAAAGGUUAUUAUGUAUUCAAAUGUUUUCUAGUUCUAAUGAAAGAAAUCUUCUGACAAAUUUUUGCACAACACUUAACCCAGGAGUUAAAAUGUACAAAUGAAAUCAAAUUUCAGCCCUUCUCAUUUGCUGCAAUUACAGGUGCAUCUCAAUAAAUUAGAAUGUCGUGGAAAAGUUCAUUUAUUUCAGUAA